AAAGACUCCUCGCACACGUCGGGGCGCGCCUCGAUUUUUUUCAGAGCCGUCAUGGCGCCGGUGGGUGGCGUGCGGAGCACAACGGCGCGCAGCUGCGCGGUGCAGAUCUUCGGCUCGGAGGAGGAGCUGGUGGUGCCGGUGACGGUGAGCACCCGUACCCUGGUCGUGAAAGAGCUCAUCUCGCAAAAGACGGGUGUGCAUGUGGAUGAUCUCAAGAUCAUGGCGAAGGGUGGACCCUUCAUGCGGGAGCUGAGAAACACGGACGAGGUGCGGAGUCAAUGCUGGGUGAAAGGCGUCGAGAGCUUCAAAAGGAAGAGGCAGCCGUACGCCCACCCCCAUGCCAUCAUCGGAGCCGGCCACAACGGGCUACGGCAGGCGCUGGUCUUUGCAGAGAACAAGGACACCAACUAUGUGCUUUUCGACCGCCAUGACCGGGUGGGCGGCACUUCCUGGUUGGACCAUGCCAACAAGUGGUCCAAGGUCCAGACGGAGCUGGGCACCUAUCACUUGAACUACUCGGAGCAGUGCGAGUGCCCCAAGGGCAUCUCGCCCUGGCCAAGCAGGGAUGAGCUGCUGGCUCACUUUGACCAGGUCUGCGAUGAGUGGGGCCUGCGGCCUCAUUUCAAGAUGAGCACCGAUGUGCAGAGGUACGAAGUGCGAAGCGGUGAGGGCGGCCAGAGCUACAGGCUAUCUCUAAGGACCUCGGAGAACGGCAAGAACGAGGACUGGGAGACCACAGUGGCCAGCCUGGUGAUGUACCCCGGGAACCUCACCAUUCCUCGGCGAGAGGAGUACAAAGGCGAGGAUGUCUUUGGGGGGGUGGUCUCCUAUGGCAUGUUCGACGAGACCGACUACGGGGCCUUGACGGGCAAAAACGUGGCGAUCGUGGGCUUCGGCGCCUUUGCCGUGGAGAACAUCCGCACCUGCUGUGAGCACCGGUCUGGCAAGAUCUACCUGGUCUGCCGCAGGAAAAACUUGUGCAUGCCGCGGAUGGUUUCGUGGUGGAUCAAUGGCUCCGUCUUUCCGGUGGCGGCGGGCGAUGUCCUGCGAGAGAUGGAGGACGCGUACAAGAUGGUGGGCGAUGACCCGUGGAGCUACUAUGCCGUGCGCGCCAAUGAGUCGCGAAGCAACGUCACCAUCUUCCAGAAGGCGAGGUUCGGCAUCGGAGACAUCUACUUCUUAUCGAGGUACUACGGGAAGAGUGAGGUAGUCAUCGGUACGGUGAAGAAACUCUCGGAGUCGACCAUGCACCUGGAGGAUGGCAGAAAGUUGCAGGAUGUUCAGGCCAUCCUGAAGCUCUUCGGCUUCGUGCCGGACUGGGCGGUGGACAAGUUCCUGCAGCUGAAGCACCUGACGGGCAUCUGGGUGAACGACGACUACCGCCUCGGCACCAUGUCGGAGUUCCCCACCGUGAACGCCCAACGCUUCGGGGGCACCUCCUUGUCCCCGGGGGCGGUGUCCUGGUGCAACAUGUUCUACUACUUCUGGGGCUAUCCUAAAGACUUUGAGAAGAUGCUGGCGAGCGGCAUGCUGGUGAAGCAUUUCCCCAACAUGCAGAAGGAUGAGCCAGGCUACGUGAUGGACGCCCAGCACGGGUCGCAGGUGCUGAUUACCAUCGGCGGGCUCUGCCCGCAGCUGGCGGAAACCAUGUCAAGGUAUGACGACCGCUUUAAGCGUUCCAAGCAGUGGGGGACGCACACCCUGACGCAAAUCCAGGCGAUUGCGGAGGAGGAUUGGUUUCGAUAUUGCAAGAUGUUCAAGGAUGCCGGCGACGACAGGCCCUUUCCAGCAUAUCCCUACUCGAAGCAACGAGUGCAUGCUAUGGUGGACCGACAAGACCGGGAAGAGCACGAGAGGCUUGCGAAGAAAGGCUUGCUCCAGGCAUAGGCCCAGUGGCUGAGUUAACGCAUCGGGUGGUCCGUCUUCGGCCCCUCGCCACGGAA